CGGCGCGGCUCCGCCCCCGCUCCCGCAAGCCCCGGACUUUAACUCCUCGCCAGUCCCUCUCGCCCUUCUCGUGCGGCGCCCGCUGCCGGGGCCAUGUGAGCCGGCGGGGGCCGGGGCGCACGGAGCGGAGCCGCCGCCAGCAUGGAGCGCAGGAAAGUCUUCGUGGUGCUCGAUGUGCUCUGCGUGGUGGUCGCCUCCCUGCCCUUCGUCAUCCUCACUCUGGUGAACUCUCCGUACAAGCGUGGAUUCUACUGCAACGACGACUCCAUCCGCUACCCCUACAGGCCGGACACUAUCACCCACGGGCUCAUGGCGGGGGUCACCAUCACCUGCACCGUCCUCAUUGUCUCCUUGGGUGAGGCCUAUCUGGUGUACGCCGAGCACCUCCACUCCAAGUCCGAGUACAACAACUACCUCGCCGCCCUCUACAAGGUGGUGGGGACGUUCCUGUUCGGCGGGGCCGUCAGCCAGUCCCUGACUGACCUGGCCAAGUACAUGAUCGGCCGGCUCCGGCCCAACUUCUUGGCUGUCUGCGACCCCGACUGGUCCAAGGUGAACUGCUCCAUUUAUGUGCAGCUGGAGAAUGUGUGCCAGGGAAGUGCCAGGAACAUCACCGAGUCCAGGUUAUCCUUCUAUUCUGGACACUCCUCCUUCGGGAUGUACUGCAUGGUGUUCCUGGCACUGUAUGUCCAGGCCCGGCUGAUCGGGAAAUGGGCCCGGCUGCUGCGCCCCACAAUCCAGUUCUUCCUGAUCACCUUCGCCAUCUUCGUGGGCUAUACCCGGGUGUCCGACUACAAGCACCACUGGAGUGAUGUGCUGGUGGGGCUCCUCCAGGGGGCGCUCAUUGCCAUCCUCAUUGUCCGCUAUGUCUCUGACUUCUUCAAGCAGCGUCUGCCUCUCCAGUGUGAUGGAAAGGACCCGGAACGCAAGCCCAGCUUAACGCUCACCAGGAGCGAGCCCGAUCGCAACCACUACAGCUAUCCGGGAGCCCCCUGAGCUGCGGGAGCUGGGGGGGCAGCGCUGCUGGACAGCUGAUGGCAAAUCCCAGGCCCCACCAGGCUGCCUACCAGGGCUUUGGAGGGAAGAGCAGCUUAUCUUGUUAAUUGGUUCCACAGCUAAUGAAUUCCUUAUUACUGCAUGGUGCCACGGCACCCGAGGGACCUCCUCCAGGGGGAACCAAGCGAAGACUUUUAACGCUUAUAUGGAGUGCUGUGUGCUGGCUGAUGCCAGAAAAACCUGCCCUCCUCCCUCUCAGGUCCAGGGGCUCAGAUCUCUCACUGAGUGGGUGGCUGCGUCUCGUGUUUCUGAGGGUGGCUUUCCAGCCCUCUGCGUGGAAGAGGCAGAGGGCGAUGGCACGGGUGGGACUGCUUGUGAAGUGAAGAGUAAACUCCAUGUGAAGCCUGAGGUGGUGUGGUGCCGAGAGCAUCAAAUUGUAUUCGUGUUGACAACUACGGAUCCUCGCCAGGACAAAACCAGGAGGACAGUGCCACCGAAACAUUGCCGGGCUAACGAUUUCAACCCAUGUUCUUCUCUGCAGCUUGAGCACCUUAAAAUAUUCCCAGUAACCAGCAGCCGAUGCAAAUGAUCAAUGCAUGGGGAGGGUCUGCUCCCGUCUCCCCGCCACGCUGGAGUGAACUGCCACCUGAGUUUGUGACGAGCCCGCUUUGGGGUGAACUGGACGCUCCAUAGGCAACGCUUUGCAGCCGUCUCGGCUGAUUCUGUGGGGGGGAUGGGGGUGGGUGGGAAUCUUCUGUGGUAAAGGAAACAAAUUGCCAUCUGGAGACUGACACGGAUUCUGGCCGUUUGAGAGAGCGCGUUACCUGGUCCAUCUCCUGCUAACAACCUCGCCUCCACUGCUCAGCUGCCUCUGGCACCAAGGAUUUUGGGCCUCCUUUUAAACUACAUACAUUUUCAGGAUGAUGUGUUUUUUGUAUUCAAUGUGUUUUUAUUUUUAAAUUAGAUCAUCCUUAAAGAA